AUGGCUCUAACGUAUAUUGAUAUUUUAAAGCGAAUAUCUUUCGCAUUAAAUAAUUACAUUUUUCAGUUUUGCCUGAAACCAAAGCAAGUCAUAUGUUUGGAAGCUUUGUUAAAGGGGAAUGAUGUGGUGGCAGUUCUGCCUACUGGAUUUGGAAAAUCAAUUAUUUUUCAUUUACUUGCUGAUCUCUUCCCAGUUAAAAAUGAAAAGAAUAUUGUUUUGGUCAUCAGCCCUUUAACUUCCAUUAUAAAUGAUCAGGUGAAAUACUUGAAUGGGAUUGGUUUUUCUGCUGCUGUAUUGAACUUGGAACAGAGGAAGUUUGAGGCAGAUGAGAGCUUGUUUGGAAGUAAUGAUGCAGUGGAGGACGACCAUGAUGGUACAAAUAUUACAAUUGAUUGUGGUAUUAAAAACGGAGAUAUUAAGAUUUUAUUUGCCCAUCCAGAAUCCUUUUUAUCUGAUCAAGGGCGUUCAAUUUUAAAGAGCAAAAUUUAUCAACAAAAUGUGGUAGCUUGCGUGGUUGAUGAAGCGCAUUAUGUUGAAAUAUGGGGUGCUGAAUUUCGUGAAGAUUUUGGAAAAUUAUGCACACUGAAAGCUCUUUUUCCAAGCACACCCAUGAUUGCUUUGACAGCAACUGCACCCCCAAGCAAAAUAAAAAAUUUAAAAGAGAAACUAUGUUUCAGUCCUUAUUGUAAGGUUGUUGUUGCAAAUCCAAAUAGAAAAAAUAUAUUUUUAAAGAAAUUGCCAAGACGCGGAAACAACUUUGGCUUAAGAAGCUAUGACGAUAUUUUAGUUCCCAUUGCUAAAGAGUUAAAUAAAUUACGGGAUGAUUAUCCCAUGACAAUCAUUUACAUGAAGCUAAAAUAUUGUGGCUAUGCUUAUUCGUUAUUUCAGCAAACAGUAACUCCAAAUAACACAAAACUAUUUUGUCAAUUUCAUGCUCCUCAAACAUCUAGAAUUAAGAAAGAAAUCUUAGAUGAAAUUACAAAACAAGAUUCGUCUAUUAGAGUUGUGUUUGCAACCACAGCACUCGGGAUGGGUGUUAAUGCACCAAAGGUUACUGAAGUUAUCCACAUAACGCCUCCAGCCAAUAUUGAAUCUUACAUGCAAGAAAUUGGUAGAGCUGGAAGGCGUGGGCAAAACUCAACUGCAACAUUGUAUUACAAUAAUGCAGAUAUUGCUGUUAAUAAAAAUAAUGUUGACGAUAGCAUGAAGUGCUUCUGCAAAACAGAUCUGUGCUUAAGGAAAUUUAUUCUAAAUUUCUUUGGUUUUAAAAAAUAUGAACAAGAUAAUUGUUGCUCAAAUUGUACAAAGUCUAAUUUGCUGAUAAAAGAAACAACAUUACCUUGCCGUGAUUUAGUAUCAGAAGAUGCUUUUAAAUGCUUACAAACUGAGCUGAAAGAAAUUAUUGAAACUUGGAGACUUUCGCUAUUGACUACCCUUGAUCAAACUUAUGAACUUCCAUCUAUCAAUAAAAAUUUGGUUCAAACACUAUUGAGUAAACUUCCAUUUAUAAGAUCUAAAAAUGAUCUGUUAUUUGAAUAUGAUGUUUGGGAUGAUCAAUAUGCUACCACCAUAUACGAUAAAAUAAAUAAGUAUGCCCCAAAGCAUAAAUAA